CCGGCAUGUGAGCGCGGGCGGCUGCCGCCACCAUGGCCUCGCCGCGCGCCCCGCGGUGGCCGCCGCCGCUGCCUCUGGUGCUGCUACUGCUGCUGCUGCCACCGCCCGCCACCCCCAGGAUGCGGGGCCCCCUUCUCUCCCCGGCCAACCGCGCGCUCCUCCCGGCCGUGGGGCCGCCUUCGCCGCUUGGCCCCGGACACACGGCCCCCGGGCCCGGCGCCACGACCCGGCGGGGACGGUCUGGCCGGAUCCCCAGAGGCGUGAACGCGGUCACUGCAAGGAGCCAUUGGACAGAAAAUAACAGCACUGAACCCCACGUAGGAAAUGCCCCCUUCUACCAGAGUCAAGAGGACCAUUCAGGUUCCAGAAAGGGAGUGACAGCUCAGACUGCCAGAAUGAGCCACAGUUCUUCAGAAGCCUCAGGAAACCCCUCUUUCCUGCCUGAGACAAAUGCUGAGGGGAGGAUCCAGUCUUCCAGCCCAGCAAUCACCACUGUUCCACAUGCUGGACGCUCGCCUGAGAUCACCACGGCCCUGGCCGCCCACGGCGGCUCCUUGUCCUUGGAGAGCCUUCCCCAGUCAUCCAGCAGUACCAGGUCAGAAGGAGAAAUCACCAUUUCUCAAACAGAGAGUGGAAUAUCCCCAGGCUUCCUGGAGACAGCAAAGGAACUCCCAGAAGAAGGGACUGUGCACACACAAGUGGCUGGCAUUUGGGUUUCCGGCCAAGCCUCCCUUCCUGCUUUGGAACUCAGGGAGCCAACCAUGCUCUCCCAGAAGAGAAAUUCAUCAGGCCAGGAGCACUCCGGGCUGCAAUUCCCUCGGACCCAGAGUCAACCACCUCCCUCAGACCAUCCCUUGUCUUCUGGAAGUAUAAAGAAUUCUAACGACUCCGCCAAUCUCCAAAGCCCAUCAGUCACUCAGACAAAGAGUACACAUGCCACCAACACAUUCACUGAUGGUGUCACCAGGAUGCUCCGGUCUUUGACUGUCAGCGUGGAACCCACAAAUGAGACAGAGAGCUUGCCUGCACACUCCAGAAUUGUCGCAACGUCAGCCUCAGUCCCUUCUCCGCCCUCUGUGGUUGACUCUAGGACAAGCAGCAGACUCAUUGAGAGGCCGGGAGACGGAGAAGGCAUUGAGCCAUCUACAGAAAACGGAGUUGGAAUUCCAUCCAUACACUGGCACAGUGAUUCCCCCACCUUUGGAGGCCAUCCGCUCGCCGGCAGCCCCGAAGCAGGAAAUGGCAGUUCCACGCCUCUGAUUGAGAUAGUUUUUAGGCCAGUCCCCUCCAUUGCUGGUGGAGCCAGUACAAGACAGUGGUUCCCUGCCAAGAGCAAAACAUCUAAAGAUACAGCAGAGAGCUCUGCUUCACAUCCAGACGCGGGGAGCCCUCGGGCUUGGCCUCCGUUUUCACACACUGCACAGCAGCCCCGAGGUGGUGGUUCACGGUUGGCUGGGAAGAGUUUCUCAGAGUCUUCGUCUUCAGCUUCCUCGGAAAGUCUGGAUUCCUCAGGCACACGUGGAGAACAGUCAAUUCUGGAAGACAGUGUGCUGCUGAGCGACAGCUUGGACGGGGCAGGGAGCACUUCUGGGGUGCGGUCCCCACACGCGCACACGUCUACGAUGCUCACCCGGAGCGGGGAGCGCACGCUGCGGUCCCUGUCUCUCGGACUCUCGCGAGCCGCUACGCACCCCGUGCACCCCACUCUGCGUGGGAACGUGACGGAGCACGCAGGCCUGCUGUCCCGGGCACCUACCCUUGGAGUCACUGGGCUGAACUACGGUCCAGAGCGUGGCUCAGAUGCCGAACAACGGCCUUCCAGUGACUACACAGACCACGCCUAUGCGUCGUCUGCUUUCACCAAAGGGGAGCGGUCGUUACUGUCCAUUACCGAGAACUCUUCCUCCUCAGACACCAGCGAGAGCACAACCUCUUCUGCUAAGGUCUCAGACUCUCCACGCGUGGACUUUUCUUCUUCUCGGGGGCAGACUAAAAGAAGUAACGCGUCCUCCUCCUACAGUGGCGAACCGGCUCAGUCUUCCACCGAGUCACUGGUUCUGCAUCCAUCCAGCCUUCCGUCCUCCGCAUCCACCGUGAAUAUGCCACACACCCUGGUUCUUGAUGCCAGCACUAAACCUGUUGAGGACCCAUCCGAGUCAGAGGCCCCUUGGCCCCUCCCCUCGGUGUCACCACCCCACCAGUUUUCAGCCACCGUACCGUCAACGGGGUCUCCCACACAGCAGCUAACGUCUACCUCCGACACAGCCACGCCCUUGUCAUCCUCACCGUCACCUUUGCCUGUCACCUUCAUGGUGUCAACCCUCGCCCCGUACUCUGUCUCACAAGCAACCUUCCCAUCUUCUACCCUAGUCCCCCACAGGGCGAGGGAGCCACGUGUAAUGUCGGUCCAAAUGGCCACAGUGGAAUCAGCCAUAGCCGUGUUCCCCGGUAACCAGACAGCAGACCCCAAGAACCAGAGUGCCCCGCAGCCAGAGAAAGCCAUCACAGAAGCAAAGUCACCACGCCUGCUAUCUCUGCCCACAGAUCCUACCAGAGCAGUAACGAUAGGCCUUCCUCCAGGGACCCCUUGGUCCCCAGCCUUAAUGGGGUUCUCCACAGAGCCAGACCUUUCAGCCACAAGCACCAGCUUAGCCCACAUGUCUCCAGCUUUGACAUCUUCCAUUUCCCAGACUACCCACUCUCCUGCCACCAGUCCCAGCACCCUGUCAAGCACAGAAGCUUUGACUCCGGGUGCCAUAGUUGUGCACACUACCCCUGAGAAAGAGCACCUGCCGACCAGUCCUGAAAUUCCAGUGCCGCAGACCUCCACGGAAGGGGCCCUCACCACAGAAGGGAACCGGGUGCACGUGGGUCCUACCACCUAUGCUGUCCCUCUGACCACUACACCCACAUCAGCAGAAGCUACCACAAAGCUUAGCCAGGCAAAAGAGGCCAGCCCGGUUUCACCUUCUCUCAGACCAUCUUCCCCUCAAACUACAAGUGUUUCUACAGCUGAAAUGUUAACAUCCAAAUAUACCACCGUUGCUGCUCAGAGCACCCCAGAGUCACCAACAGCGCUGUCACCUCCAGCCCCAGUCAACAGUUGCACCGUGAACCCUUGUCUUCAUGAUGGUGAGUGCAUCGUGGACCUCACCGUGAGUCAUGGGUAUCGAUGUGUGUGCCCACCUGCCUGGCAAGGGGACAACUGCAGUGUGGAUGUGAACGAAUGCCUCUCGAGCCCCUGUCCGCCCCUAGCCAUGUGCAACAACACUCAGGGAUCCUUCACCUGCAGGUGCCCAGUCGGGUAUCAGUUGGAGAAAGGAAUAUGCAAUCUGGUUAGAACCUUCGUGACUGAGUUUAAGUUAAAGAAGACUUUUCUCAAUACUACUGUGGAAAACCAUUCUGACACUCACGAGGUUGAAAACAAGAUUGCUCAAACCUUAGACUUGUGUUUCUCGACGUUACCUGGUUAUAUCCGAUCUACAGUCCGUGUGUCUAGAGAGCCCAGCACAGUGGUGAUCUCGCUGCAGUCCACCUUCGCCCUGGCCUCCAACGUGACCCUCUUUGACCUGGCUGAUGGAAUCCAGAAAUACGUCAACUCCUGCAGGUCCUCUGCUGAAGUCUGCCAGCUCUUGGGGUCUCAGAGGCGGAUCUUUAGAGCGGGCAGCUUGUGCAAGCGGAAGAGUCCAGAGUGUGACAAAGAGACCUCCAUCUGCACCGACCUGGAUGGUGUGGCGCUGUGUCAGUGCAAGUCCGGCUACUUUCAGUUCAACAAGAUGGAUCACUCUUGCCGAGCGUGUGAGGAUGGAUACAGGCUUGAAAACGGAACCUGUAUGAGUUGCCCGUUUGGUCUUGGGGGUCUCAACUGUGGAAACCCCUAUCAGCUCAUCACCGUGGUGAUAGCGGCAGCUGGAGGUGGCCUUCUACUCAUCCUGGGCUUGGCACUCAUUGUCACCUGUUGCAGAAAGAGUAAAAAUGACAUAAGUAAACUCAUCUUCAAAAGUGGGGACUUCCAAAUGUCCCCAUACGCCGAGUACCCCAAGAAUCCUCGCUCACAAGAAUGGGGCCGAGAAGCCAUUGAAAUGCACGAGAACGGGAGCACCAAAAACCUCCUGCAGAUGACAGACGUGUACUACUCGCCCACAAACGUAAGGAACCCUGAACUUGAACGCAACGGACUCUACCCGGCCUACACUGGACUGCCCGGAUCAAGGCACUCCUGCAUUUUCCCGGGACAGUAUAACCCAUCUUUCAUCAGCGAUGAGAGCAGGAGGAGAGACUACUUCUGAGUCCAGGAGGGAGAGGGGCCCAUUUCUCUGAGCCACUUCCCCAGACCUCUAGCUCAGAGGACCGCACGGAGAGGGAGCGCCACGCACUAGCUGCUCCCGGGACUUGGCAGAGCCACACUUGAGGGGUAUGACCACAGUGGAAGGGGACAGAUGGAUGCGGAACGGCGGACCGCUCGUUCCGCACUGUUAUUACUGUGAACACGAACGUGGGCCAGUACCGAGUCUCCGAAUGUCUGGCGCGCAGAACUGGCUGACUUCCACAGGCGACCACUAGGCGGCAUCAUUUCCAGGCCCCAGUUUCCCUGUAAUUUGCACUUUAAUAGAUUGGGCAGGGAGGUUUCAUUUUUGACUCAUUCCCAGGCUGUUUCGGAAAGCCUUCCUUUCCUAGGAUACUUCUACAGGCCUCAGUUUGGUGAUUGAUUGGCAGCCAGGUGCUGGCACUUUCGUUUUCCUGCCUGGUUCCUUGUGCUAAAGAACAGAUGGAGGUAAACGCCCUGCUGUGAUCAAGCGAUGCCGCAGCCAGGACAUGGAAUUUCAAGGUUUCUAGGUUGCCUGUGCUCAUUUCCAAGCAAACACCCCAAAUGAGAACUUGGCCUUUGCAAGGUGCAGCACACGGCUUCCAUUUGUUUUCUAAGUCAAGGUGACACGCUUGCUAACGAUUUAUUAAUCUUACUUUUCCCAGCAAGAAUUCAUCAGGGUAGAAUAGCUUUCAUUUGGUAUCGUUUCAUUAGGCGUGUCCAGCUGCCCCUUAGCGAGUCCCAGCAGGCAAUGUCAGGCCGAUCCUCCGUGUGGUAGGGUGGUUUUGAUCUAUGAGGGAAUGGCAUGGGGCCUGGGACGCUGACGCCCAGUGUGGAGCCAGAGUCUGCAUGGACGUAGCAGAAAAGGGAGAGGCGAGCUAGUGUGUCGCCACUGUAGUCCCCACAGCGGGAUGUGGCAGAGGGUUGGACUGAAUAACCUGGCCUGUUUCCUGCAUCACCCAGUGUUUUGAGAAGCUGCGGGGUUUCCCCAAGGAAGAACAGGGAACUAGGAGGGAGCCACAGGUAAGGGUGUGUGCCUUCUGUUUUUUGAACCCACAGUAUCCACAAACUCAUGGAAAGUUUUAACCACUAUUUACUCGCUGGAGAGGGAACUUGGUCAUUUCUCUCACCCGGUCAUCAGUAUGUCUGUGAUCUUGUGCAGCGUCCCCUGGAGACAGUCAUGGUCCAAAUCAGCCUUGGAGAACUAAAGUUUGACCCGCUAGGGGUCUGAGAUCUUGCUUUGGGGCACGGAAGUUUUGUGUCUUGUUUAUUGUGUUGUGGUGGGAGCCGUGUGUGUGUGUGUGGUGUGUGUGUGUGUGUGUGUGGGUGUGUGUGUGUGUGUGUGUGAAUGUAGCAGGGGAGGCUUGGUGCCCUGUGGAAAAAUACAGUCAUUUAUCCAUGUGUGGAAUAUCCUGGUUUUGGAUGAAGAGGUCAAAGCAUUGUUCCCCCUCUGUAGCUGGGAUCAGGGGUGUAUCAUUCUGGAAAUGGGGCAGCUGUUGGAAAUAGAUCUGUGUGUGCUUGUUUGGGGUUCUCUGGUUCCUCCAAAAUUUAUGCAGGUCCCCAUCCUGUUUUAAGUGUGCACUGUGUCCCAUAGUCUCCAGCACUCAGGACCAUUAGUCGGGUGCAGUGGGUUUCAAUCAUUACAGAGAAUUCUGUUGCUGAUGCCUGAUGCUGACUUAAAGUCGCAAAGCAUCGGCAUCUAGAAGCCAUGGGUCCCGCCUCUGCCCCACUGUGGAACUGGCGGCUCCUUGUACAUUUCUGAGCUCCUGUGUACCGUUUGCCUGAGCUCAGGUCCCUUGUGAGGUAGCCUGGUUCUAGCCCUUCCCUCAACGUCCCUGUUUGUCCCCAGCCUUACUGCUGUGAGAAGAGCCAGUGUGGUGGCUGUCCCUAGGCACACUUCUAAAGCCUUCAGCUGGCAUCACAGCUGGUGAGCGCCUGUACGGGGCCAGAAGCCUCAAGCCCCACACAAUGAAAAUUCUCAGGAAAAAAAAAAUCCUAGGAGGAAUCCCAGUGUCCAGAAAAGUGAAUCCUGUGAAUCCAAAAAUGCUUGCUGGCUCAUGAGUUUGGUCCAGAUAGAGUUGAUUAAGUGUAUUUCAUUUUGUUCCUUUUUACUGUGGUAAAAAUGAGAGCUCCGAGCAAGGGUGAAUUCAUACUGAGUACUAAGUCUCAGGGAUGGGGCUUGGGGUAGAAAGGCUUGAGGUAGAAUGUGUAAAAGAAAUAUGACUUACCUGGUACUCUCUGCCCACCAUUGGGAGGAAUGCAGUGUCUGGCUGCUCUCCUCCUCGGGGUUACAUCCAGAUGGAGCCUGGAGAUAGGACGUCAGCAGCCCGUGAGCAGGACAGACAGGAUGAACACAUGCCUAGACAGGCAGACUCUCUGCAGGACACCAGUGCUCACAGUCGGUCUGCACACUCAGAACACAUAAUUCACAUGCGUAGCUAUGCCGCAGUCCUGCAUUUGGGUCCCAUGAUGAAGGAAGAGGAGAUGCUUGUGUGUAGAAGAGCCAGGCCAGGCAGAACUUGUCUAUCCCUGAGGGGUUCAGGAAUAAGAAAAGGGGUGCUUCUGGAAUCCAGUCUGAACUCUGUGUAAAUGCCAAGGGGUCUUUUUUUUUUCAUUGCUCCACAAGGCAGCUCAUGACACUGGGGCCCAUCUCUGAAGAGGAUAAGUAGCGUCAUGUGUUCCCAUGAGUCAAGCUCUAUGCAAGUUUUUGGUGGAUAGUUGAUGAGCGUCCAGAGAGGGGCCUGGGGAUGUAGCUCAGAUGACAGAGAGCUUGCCUCGUAUGUGUGGGCCUUGGGUUUGAUUCUGGGCACCCCAUAAACUGGGCACAGUGUUACACUCCUGUGACCCCAGCCCUCAGAAAGUCAGAUCAAGGGUUUCCUGCAGUAAAUGACACCCGUCUCAAAAAGGAAAAUAUUAAUGUGUUUGUAGUUGGCAAGAAGUAUAUUGGUACGUGGCUUGGGCUGCCAGAAGUAAAAGGGAAUGGUCUAGGUGGGUUUUUUUUUGAUAAGCAUAACCAGCCAGAGGCGCCCAUUUGAGGGCUGCCUGCUUUAUUCUCAAAGUGAGGCUAUGGCCCCUGCAUAUUAAAUGUGCAAACCUGUAGGAGCUGGGAAUGUAGUUGAGCGUCUGGGGUGCAGAAGGAGCUUCCUUAUUGCGGAGGUUAUUCUUAGAAGCACCUAAGUCUUAUUGAGCCAGAACUGGUGUAUGAUUGGUGCAGGCAAGCUGCCUGGUGGCAUUUUGAGGUCAAAGAUGACUAUUAUGGUCUAAAAGAGGAAGUCGUAAAAGUUGGGCCACAGGAGACUGGCUGGCGACCAAGAGUAAAGUCUUCAAAAAUGCUGCCUAUUCAAGUGUGAAACUCCAGAGAGGGCACACUAGGAUCACCCCUGGCACGUGGCUUUUGGAUGCCUCCUUAAGCCACCUUGCCCAGGAGUGACGUGCCAAGGUCUCUGUAACUGUGGGACUCGGCCUAAAGCAGUAAAACUCUACAGCCAAGUUCCCCUUGGCUAAGUGUCCCGCAGUACACUCAAAAGUAGGGGCUUUACACAUAGUUCUUAAAUUUAUCUUGAUUUUUUUUCUUCGAGACUAAAACACUUCUUUGGGAAGAAGAAUACAAAGUUCUAUGUUUUAGUAUUUUAUUUAAAACAGCCUGUAAUAGCAGAGACAUUGUCAUCUUCCUGUUCCUCCUCCUCUCCCCCCUCCUCCUCCUGCUGGAGGACAGGGCCAGGAGCCCAGGCCCUGCACGUACCAGGCAAGUGCUGUACCAGGCUGGGAAGCUGCAUUACACCCCAGCCCUGUCAUUUCUUCCUUCCUAACAGUAUCAUUCUAAAGUGCUCACCCGCGUGUUAGGAGACAGAAAUGCUUUCGUAGUUUAUCGUUGGGUAUGUGUGCUCUUUCUUUUCUCAAAUCCCAAAGGGGAAAACAAUAGGAACAUUAAAGUUAAAAUAAUAAUAACUUUAAACUUUUUAAAAUAAUUGGUUAAAAUAAUAGGAACAUUAAAGAAUUAAAUGCCAGUCAAUUCCUUGUACUUAAGUGUCUCCACAGGAUUUCUCUGUGUAAUAGCCCUGACUGUCCUGGAACUCGCUCUGUAAACCAGGCUGGCCUCAGACUCACAGAGAUUCACCUGCCUCUGCCUGAGUGGUAGGAUUAAAGGCGUGCGCCACCACCACCCAGUGAGGUAACACUUCUUUAUGUCUAAUGGAGACUUUAGCCCACAGAAUAGCCUGUGAAACCACCGGGAGACCGUUAGGUAUGAAGAGAGGCGGGUCCUGGGCUGCACCUGUCACAUGGGCAUUUCCACGGGGCUGCCCAGUCGAUUCGGCUAUAAUUUUAAAUGAAGGGCUUGAUGCCCUUGUCCUGAAUUGUUGGGAAUGGGAUGAGAGCAGGAGUGGGGUGGAACUGGCUGGUCAGGGGGACUGAAUGCACUCGCUUGUCUUUGGGCAUUACCUAGGUCUGUUCUACAGAGAAAAUGACCAUUUCACCAUGCGUUGCUUUGAGGUGUGUGUGUGUGUGUGUGUGUGUGUGUGUGUGUGUGUGUGUUGCUGGCCUUACGGUUAAAUGGAGAUGAAGCUGCAGUACGAACGUUGCCAUUGUCCUGGGUUUUGUUCUGUACUCUUUGAAACCUGACACCCACGUUGACUGUGUGAAACCCAUCAUGAGAAUGUUAUUUAAAGUUGUAUUAUAAUGUCGCCUCCACUAAUUAUUCAGUACUGUAGCAGCAAAGUAUUAUUUGUAAGAAUUCGGUUAUUUUUAUACUUAUAUCCUCUCUAAGUCUGGCGUUCUAGUCAGCAAAAAAAAAAAUUGUUGCAAUAAAGUUAAUAUCAUUCCCAUUGAUUUUCUCUUAAAACAAGCAAAUGAGUGUGUAAGAA